AUGCGGCUCGAGAACGUCCUCACGGCCGAGGGCCUGCAGGCCGUGACGGCGAAGCGCCGUCGAGAACUCGACGACAUGGCGUGGCGCCGCAACGUCGCGCGCGAGGUGGAGAUCACAGGCCGCGUGCUGUCGCAGCGGGCGUUGCCCCUGACGGUCGCGCCUGUCGUCCCGCCUCGCCCGCCGGCACCGCUGCGCCCGCCGCCCGUUGUGCGCAAGCCGAGGCGGUCCACCCGGGCCCGCGCCAUCUUCUUCCCGCAGGAGGACCUCCGGGGCUUCCGUGUCACCGCCGUGGGGCGCACGGGCCGCCAGGUCCGGUGCCCCCCGCGGUUCGACGCGAGCCUUGGUGAGGUAGUCCUCAUGUAG